AUGCGCCGACUCAAAGGCUGUCAUGUCCGCCUUGGAUGGAAUGUUUCUCACAAUGAACUCACUUACGGAUUCUCAUGGAUUGAACCGAGCAUCGAGCCCCAACGACAUGGAUGCGGGAUGCGUCGUCAGAAGUGGUUUCGUUAUAGCCGCGAGGAAGCUAUGAGAUGGGUAACAGGCCUUUCCUUGUGGACAUACAUCAUGUUGAUUUUUCUUUUAAUCGGAACGGGCAGGUUGAAGGGGAACGACCCUAGAAGCGCCGAGGAAAGGAUCUUAUAUGGCCAAGGCAGCGGUUCGAUAGUGAUACUAAUACUGGUCUUAUCUGCGGUCGGUAAAAGUGCAUGGAAGGUAGUGGACCACGAGGCAGUCACGAUCACCCCGUUUCGUGAUCUUGUUGAUACUCCUCAGUCCGCAUGGCCAAGCCUUGGCCGGGAUUACGCCUCGAUGCCGAUCGGUAUUGUGACUAUAUACGCUCUUCUGGAUUCAAAAUUCAUGCUGGCUGCAAUUACAUUUGUCUCAGUUUUACUCGAGCUCUCUCUCCUUUGCCUGGCAAUUGUCGUGUCCAUGAAUCAGGGACAAGGAUAUAACGACAAGGACAUGCUUCUCGUGACUUAUAUUGGGCUUGUUUUUUCAGGAAUCGCAGUUUUCAUGGUUACCUUCAUCAUGCAUAGGUUGAGAAAAAGGCCGAUUGCUCUGCCACGAAAUCCUUCCAACCUGGCAGUUCAGAUGUCAUACUUCAAAAACAAUUUACCGCUGCAGAAGGACAUGAAACCUCUGCGCGGCUUUGAGAGCGAAUCUGAGCGGAAACAAUAUUUACAAAAUCUUCAGCUGCAUUAUUCCCUGUCUUCAUAG